AUGACUCCAGAACGAUUUGACCAUCUAUUGUCACUUGUGCAGCCUUACUUAUCAAAGAACACAUGUCAUUCAAGGCAAAGUAUAUCUCCUGGAGAAAUGCUUGCUGUGUGUUUAAGGUAUCUUGCUACAGGGGACUCACAGCAAACUCAAUCAUCUUCAUUCAGACUUGGUCGAUCAACAGUUUGCAGAAUAAUUUGGGACACUUGUGAUGCUUUGUGGUUUGCACUGAAAAAGAAAUACUUAAAAGCUUCUUCAAGUAUUGAACAGUGGAAAUGCAUUGCUAGGGAAUAUGAAAGAGAAUUGAACUAUCCACAUUGUAUUGGAGCUAUUGAUGGCAAGCACAUCUGUAUAGAAUGUCCAAGCAAUGCUGGGUCUGCAUUCUAUAACUACAAGAACUAUCAUAGCAUGGUGUUAUUAGCAGUUUGUGAUGCUCAUUAUACUUUCACUAUGGUGGAUAUUGGCGGAUAUGGAAGAGAUAAUGAUGCAUCUAUUUUUGGUGAAUCAUAUAUUGGGCAAGUAUUUCAACAAGAAUUAAUCCAUUGCCACAACCAGAGUCAGUCAAUGGCAUUCAACUUCCAUAUACCUUAG